AAGACUUGUUAGACCGACUCUUGCAUGCGAUAAGGUCACUGAUGCUUAAAGUCAUUCUAAGAGCAACAGGGGCACUUCAGUCCACCCCUGGAUUACACGAGACUACCAAGCUGCCUGUAUUUGGCAGCAUGUAAAACCAGGUUGCUGUCGGAGUAGCAGUGCGUGAUGGGGAGGCUGUCCAUGGUGCUCUGACGGAGAGAGGUGCAUGCUGGAUAAUAAUAAAGGAGAACACGCUGUGAGGGAUUUGGGAAAUUCGGAGGACACGGGGGGCGGCGGGACAUUCCGCUUUGGCAUUGUGAAUAUUAUGUUUUUUAUUUUUGGAAGCGCCUGGACUGUGCGUACAGUGUGCGCUAUGCCAGAAGGUGGGAACUUAAUCAUAUUGUAAGGCUCCGGAUUCGCAAGGCUCCGGAGGAGAAGUUGGUGUCUUGAACCUCCAGAGCUCGUGUCAUCCAAAAAAAGGGGCUACGACAGAGCCGCAAGACAACACGAUCAACAGUUCAAAGCGCAACUGUAGGAGGGCCCCUGCAGACAGCAGUUGUGCCAGGCACUAUGAGGCAGCAAGCUUGGCCUGCGAGAGCGGAGAAAUCACCCUUCAUCACUCUCGGCCGGGCUGGACAGCGGAAGAAAUGUACAAAGCAGCAGCGCGUGCUACAGCAGAGGCGGGCUAAUACACACAUCUGAGCGUACAGUUGAAAGCAAAUGGGAAGGCCAGAAAGAGACUGAAAGAGGGGAGACUUAGACUGUGUCCUUUCUAAAUGGCAAAGUGGACUGGGCCACAUUCAGAGGCAGCGAUGUCCUUGUUAACACAUUUUCCUCCAUUAAAAGCUCCUUGUUAGAAGUUGCAAGUUAGUCCCAAACCCCUGUGAGGCUACAGAGCUGAGGGGACAAAGAAAGUAAAAACAGAGGACAAAAGCGAGACAGAGCAGGGAAAAAGGAGACUGUCACAGGCCCUCAUGCAGGCGCGUAAGAAGUAUGUUCUGCUGGGCUUGUGUGCAUGCUGCUGGCUGGUCCUCUUUUACUGGGGUGGAGGAGUCCAGCUGCGUCUCCUCCGCCUGCUGACACGCCACCGGGGUGAUGUGAUGCGCCCCUGGCCCAACUGGACCGACAGAGCCUUUUUGCCCCGCUAUGCCCACUUGGAUGAACUUCAGACAGACCCUGGGAUGGCAGAGUCACCCCGCCAGCGGCGCCAGGCAUGGUCUGCCAUUUAUAAAGACAGCCGCUGUCGCAUGGAGACCUGUUUUGACUUCUCUCGGUGUCGCCGUAGAGGAAGGGAAGGGUUCAGAGUGUACAUAUAUCCAUCGGAGAAAAACGAGCGCGUGUCGGAAAGCUACAGGAAGAUCCUAACAUCUAUAGCCGAGUCACGGUACUACACCUCAGACCCCCGUGAGGCAUGUCUGUUCGUGCUUGGUAUAGACACCUUAGACAGGGACCAGCUAUCAGGACAGUUUGUGCCCAAUGUGGAUGAACGUAUCCGUGGUUACCCAUUGUGGAAUGACGGGCGGAACCAUCUGAUUUUCAACCUGUACUCAGGCACGUGGCCUAACUACACAGAGGACCUGGGCUUCAACAUUGGCCAGGCCAUCUUAGCCAAAGCCAGUCUCAACACAGAACAUUUCAGGCCGGGCUUUGAUGUCUCCAUCCCUCUCUUCUCAAAGGAUCACCCACAGAAGGGUGGAGAGCGGGGCUGGCUGGUGAGGAACACAGUCCCACCACGAAGGAAGUACCUGCUGAUGUUUAAAGGGAAGCGCUAUCUAACGGGCAUCGGCUCAGACACAAGAAAUGCGCUUCAUCACAUUCACAAUGGCAAGGACAUUGUGUCGUUGACAACAUGCCGCCACGGGAAGGACUGGGAGAAGCACAAAGACGCCCGCUGCGACCACGACAACCUGGAAUACGAGAGGUUUGAUUACCAGGAGCUCCUCCACAACUCCACGUUCUGUUUGGUGCCUCGAGGUCGACGCUUGGGCUCCUUCCGCUUCCUAGAGUCACUGCAGGCGGCGUGUAUCCCAGUACUGCUGAGUAACGGCUGGGAGCUGCCGUUUUCUGACGUCAUACAGUGGAACCAAGCGGUCAUUGAGGGAGACGAGAGAUUACUACUUCAGGUGCCAUCUACAGUGAGAGCAGUAGGGAACGAGAGAGUGCUGGCUCUACGACAAAGGACACAGAUGUUGUGGGAAGCUUACUUUUCCUCGGUGGACAAGAUAGUUCUCACCACACUGGAGAUCAUUAAGGACCGUGUAUUUUCUCACAUAUCGAGGAACAAGUACAUGUGGAACUACCUCCCAGGAGGUCUGCUGGUCCUGCCAGAGUACUCCACUCAUCUUGCACAUUUCCCUUUCUACUACCUUGGAUUAGGAGUCACUCCAGGACAGGAGUUCACUGCUGUCAUCCAUGCUGUCUCUCCAUUGGUCUCCCAGUCUCAACCAAUCAUGAAGCUACUUCAGGUGGUCUCUAAGUCAAAGUACUGCUCACAGAUCAUUAUUCUGUGGAACAGCGAGAAACCGCCGCCCAGUCGGAGCAAAUGGCCUCCUAUGCCUGUCCCCCUCACUGUGACAGAUGGCAGGAGGAAGACCACCAGUCGGUUUCUACCUCAUGUUGCCAUAGAGACGGAAGCAGUGCUGAGUCUGGAUGAGGAUACGGUCCUACUGACAAGUGAGGUGAACUUUGCCUUCUUGGUGUGGCGGAGCUUCCCUGAGCGGAUUGUAGGCUAUCCUCCCAGAAGCCACUUCUGGGAUCCCCUGAAGCGGGCUUGGGGCUACACCUCCAAAUGGACCAAUGACUACUCUAUUGUCCUAACUGGAGCCGCCUUCUACCACAGGUACUACCACUACCUGUUCACUCACUACCUGCCUCAGUCUCUGCGGACUCUGGUGGAUCGCACCUCCAACUGUGAGGACAUCCUUAUGAACUUCCUGGUCUCUGCUGUGACUCACCAGCCGCCAAUCAAAGUGGCUCAAAGGAAGCAGUACAAGGAGCUCCCCAGUCCACAGGGUACGAAGAGCGUCCCUUGGGCCAACCCUGAACACUUCAACCAGAGGCAAGAGUGCGUCAACACCUUUGCCAACUGGUUUGGCUACAUGCCCCUGGUGCAUUCUCAGUUUCGCCUGGACCCCGUUCUCUUCAAAGAUCAAGUGUCCGUCCUACGCAAGAAGUACAAAGACCUGGAGAGGGCCUAACAUUUCUGGACAAAAAGACUAGAGAGCGUUGAAGUCGUGUUUCGAGCCAUUUUGAACAGACAACUAUGGCUACUAAGUAAAAGAAAGUUCAAGACAUGUCUUUCAUGCAUGGGAAGUGGACAAAAAGGCACCGAGGUCCAUUGGUGACAUGGACAAUCAUCAAGAAAGACCCAAGGAGAUCUGAACUAUAUAAAGAUCUUAAGAGAAAGGAGUCUAUAAAAAGUACUUCAAAUGCUUCUUGAGUCUUGAGAAAUUUGGGGCCUUAAAAUAGUCCUUGCGAUUGGCCCUGUCACUGAGAAAGGACGAUUAAAAUAAUCAAAAAAGGAACAUUUGUGAACACUUCAUAUGUCAGUGCUACUGCAGUGGCAACAAGGAAAGAAUGACUAUCUCAUGCCAGGAGCACCCAAGGGACUGGUACCGGUGCCAUGCACUCCAGCUGGCAACAUCUGUCUCCAUGUUACUGUUGCCAAGGAAACAGAUCAUUUCACAUUAAAAUGCUAACUGUAAGACCAAUAAAGUGAUUUAUAAAUGCAAA